GUAUUGAUCAGAGGUGUGGUAUCGCAGCACAUAGCGCACCGUUUUUAUUUAAUGGAGAAUAAAAGGAACAAGUAGCUGAGGUGGAAAAGGCAGAUUUUGUCAGUGUUGUGGAAGUUAAAGGAGAUCCUGGCUGAACUUGUGAGCACGGUCAGCUGUCCUCCAGUACCCCUGGGCAUCUCUAAAAAGCGAAGGACUUAAGGUAAAACAGUGGUAUAUGUUUAAGACUGCUGAGUUUGGAGGCCUUUGGGAAGGGAAAGAGAACUAACGCAACAAAUCACACAGCACAAAAUCUGUGUAUCUGACACUGGGCAGAGUAGGGCUUUAAUGGAAGAACAGGCACUCUGACAGCAAAGGUCAUGUUCGUUAUUUAACAAGAGCGUGAGAGCUGAUACAUUGGCAAGAUAAGUUCACUGAUUCAGUCUCUCCUGAUGACUAGAGCCAGUGUUUGAUGCUACUAAUACAGAUUUGCCAUUUGCCUGUUCUCCAUGUGGGGAAGGAAGCAGUGAGACUUCUGGCUGUCUCUUCCUUGGCUUUACUCUUCCCAGCCUUUUGGGGCCUGCUGCCUUUCACCCUAAGAUCUUUACACUUCCCUUUUGCAGUAAGCAGGUGUUUGCUCACCUUCUCUUACCUGUGAUGGCACUGCUGGGAGAACAGUCCAAGAAUUGUGUUGCCUUCUCAGUUCUCAUUUCCCUGAAAGGUGCCUCCUGGAUAUCUUCAGCCUUAUGGAAAACAAACUAGUACAGUGCCAGAUACAUGCUUUGUGCUGCCUGUAUUUUAUCAAAUGUGUAGUAUCACCCACAGACUGCUGUGCAGCAUAGAUAGUACAGAACAGCCUUUAAAUUGUUCUCCAGCAGUCACUUUUGUCUUGAUGUAACGAAUUUCCCAGGCAGAACUCCUUCUGGAAGGCAGUGAACGUGAGGAGCUCCUGCUGCCUGCACGCUGUCUUGAUGGACAGUUGGGAGGGGAGCUGUGAGGUUGCAGGACUAUAAUCAUGCAUGUGGUGUGCUCUGAAUGCUAACAAGAGUUUGGUGUGUUUGUUUCCUAAUCCAAACAGAACGUCAGAAGCCUUGAUGCAUGUAGUGUGUGUUUACUGCAGCUGGAGUGGGCCACAGACCAGAGAAUAGUGACAAAGAAACUACCUCACUGGAAAUGCCCUCAUUACCAGCUUCUGAUGGGUUUCAAAAUCCAGUCCAGUCUUCAGGACUCAAUUCCAAGAUCUGUAAUCCCACAAAUCAAUUACUUGAUCGUUCUGUCUCUGCCCCUGCUUCAAUUUGCUCAUCCAAAUCUAGCCUUGCAGAGCCCAUUGAUCCUAGAGCCGUCAAGUCUUUUGAGUCUUCAACUGAAUGCCAGAUAACCCCAGAAAAAGAACAUCCUCUCUUAUUACAGCAUCUUUCCAAUAACGCUUCCUUGGCAAAUAACAACCCUUCUCCCCAGACAGGCAAGGUAACCUGUCACAAUCCAGCUUGCCUUUCACAGAAGACACUCAAAGAAACAUUUAUUGCUGACAGUUUAAAGGAAUGUAAUGCUAAAGAACAAGAACAUGGUCAGGAGCAUCCUUUGGAAGUGACAAAAGAAGACAGCUUGGCUGACGCUGCUGCUAAGCACAGGCAAAAUAAAGAUGUACGUCUGUCUUCAGAACAGGCGGAACAGGAGCAAAAGCACGAGCUUCCCACAGACCAUCAGACACGUAAAGAACCAGAAAAAGAACAUCUGGAGAAGCAGACUGAGAUAAGUGACCCAGAACCUCCUUGCCAUGUUGAUGGGUUUGAGAAAUCUAUUGUGGAAGAAGCCAGUCAGCCAGAAAAUCCUCCUACGGAAACGAGAGGAGAUGGACAGGAGAAGGUGCGUCUUGCCUGCAUGAAAGGGUGUUUCCAAAUGUCAGCCUCCUGUAGCUGUGUGCAUAUGGAAGCCUGCAUGGAAAUAGAUGUAGUUGAGCAGUCUGCAGCUGAAGUGCACAGCUCAGCAAGUGAACAGAAGCAGCAGGCUGAGAUCAGAAGUGUAUCUGACCUGAACUCGGGUGCCUUUUCCAUGGAGGUGGAGUCGCUGAAGUCUGCGUCCUCCAUGAGUGAGCUGAUUUCCACUGGUGGUGUCCCGCAGUCUGAAAGCACUAGUGAAAUUCCUGCAAAGUGUAAUGAGUUGUCUGAUUUAGCAGCUGAAGGCAGCUCUUCCCCCUCCAGCAUCCAUCAGCUGGAUGUGGAUCCAGGAAGACCUUCAGAAGAGCCAUGUUUCUCUCUAGCAUCAGCCUUGAAAGAGCUUCACAAACUUUUGAUAAUCAGUCGGAAAGGAGAAUGUAAAGUCCUUGCCUCUGAAGAAGUCUCUCAGCUGGAAGUGGUUCACAGAGGGCCAGCAGCACAGCAGAAGUGGCUUUCUGAAGAUGAGCAGAAAGGCUCAGAUCCAGCCAGCCAGGAACAGAGUUGUUCCUUCUGUGAUGUGAAGUCUGAAGGUGGAAGAGCAGAGGGGAAACAGUCUUGUGAUUCUGUCACAGAAAACAUCAGCGCUGGGUCUGUCGGUCACGUGCAGUCAGCUCUUGGAGAAGAGGCUUUAGAGAUUCACAGGUUUUCAGGUAAGAGUGAUUUGGUUGUGGUGAAUCCUCCAGCGUCAUCUGACCAGCAGCAGGGCUCUGAGCAGGCGGAGGUUUUGGCAGAAGGUUCUCAGAGUCCAACUGGUCCAACUUUGGAGCAGAACACAUCUGUUCCCUCCGCACCUGCUUUGGAUGAAGGUGCGCCUCAAGGUGCUCAGAGCCUGGUCGCAGGAGCACCUGGGAGAAGCAGCGGUUCUGCUCCUGAAGCUCCGUGGCCUUUGGGAGGGUCUGAGGAGCCACAGCCAAGGCCACCAGCUGGCUACACGGGACUUACCUCGGGUGCUUCUCCUCCACCACCUGCUUUCCCCGCGGCUGACGUGGAUCGCAUCCUCAGUGCCGGUUUUACCACGCGGGAAGCUCUUGAGGCUUUGGAACAAGCGAAUGGAAACGCGGAUCUUGCUCUUCUCAUUUUGCUAGCCAAGAGUAUCGUUGUUCCUACGUAACUGUGGAAGAGGUAGCUGACUGGGG